CGCGCCUGCGCACCAUGCCACGCCCGGGGCGGGGGCUGAGUGGGGGCGCCGCGCCUGCGCAAAGCGGACCCGCGGACGGUGGCGUUAGGGUGAACACCGAGGUCCCGCGCUCCCCGACCGAGGUAUAUCUUCAUGAAUAACCUAAAUGAUCCCCCAAAUUGGAAUAUCCGGCCUAAUUCCAGGGCGGAUGGUGGUGAUGGAAGCAGGUGGAAUUAUGCCCUGUUGGUUCCAAUGCUGGGAUUGGCUGCUUUUCGUUGGAUUUGGUCUAGGGAGUCCCAGAAAGAAGUAGAAAAAGAGAGAGAAGCCUACCGUCAGAGAACUGCUGCUUUUCAACAGGAUCUGGAAGCCAAGUACCACGCCAUGAUCUCAGAAAAUCGGCGUGCUGUCGCUCAGUUGUCCUUGGAACUCGAAAAGGAACGAAACAGAACCGCUAGUUACCGAGAAGCCCUUAUUUCUCAGGGACGCAAGUUGGUAGAAGAAAAGAAGCUUCUGGAACAGGAACGGGCCCAGGUGAUGCAAGAGAAAAGACAGGUGCAGCCUUUGAGAAGUGCGUAUUUGAGCUGCGUGCAAAAGGAAGAAAACUGGCAAAGAAGAGCCAGGCUUUUGCUGAAAGAAUUUGAAGCUGUUCUCACAGAAAGACAGAGUAUCUACUGCAGUCUGUUUCUUCCUCGCAGCAAGCGGCUGGAGAUAGAGAAGAGCUUAUUGGUGCGAGCGUCCGUCGACCCCGUCGCUGCUGACCUAGAGAUGGCAGCCGGUCUCACCGACAUAUUUCAGCAUGAUACAUACUGUGGUGAUGUCUGGAACACCAACAAACGCCAGAAUGGCAGACUCAUGUGGCUCUAUCUCAAAUACUGGGAACUAGUUGUCGAACUGAAGAAGUUUAAGAGAGUAGAGGAAGCCAUACUAGAAAAGUAAGACAAGAGUGAAAUCAAACUGCUUUUAGUGACUCGAGGCCAGGCAGUCAUGCGCCUUCUGGGUGUCCGGCGUCUUCCGUUCCCGUGCUGCCCGUGUCAUGGCCACACCAUCACCCUUCAGCAGCAACCUCCACUCCUGCCACCCUCUGAGCAGAAGUGCACCGAAGCCUCAGAGAUAGAGGGUCUCCUCCUGAUGCUCUGCCACUGUUGGGGAUAUGGUUUCUUGAAGCAUUUUUAGGCUGCCAGUAUUGUAUUAAGCAGAACAGUGUAACCUCGUAUUUUAGCUCCAGGGUAAAAAUGGUUUUUUAAAAAGUCAAAUACAAUACUCGUCCUUACCACAAGUAAUUUUCUGUCUGUUUCAUCACUCCCUAAAUACUUUCUCCUCAAAUUAUUUUUCUCUGUUACCAGAUUACGUUAAGAAUUUGUCAGAUAAUGUAUAGAACUGCAUAACAGAUAAUAGAAAGUAGUAAUAUUAUAUUAUCAAGGGUUUAUAUUUUAAAGAUCUCUCUCACUCCAUAAAGGGGAAAUACCAAGUGUUUCUUGUAUCCAGUUGUUACCUAAUGUGUGUUUGUUGUAUCCAGUUGUUACCUAAUGUGUGUUUGUUGUAUCCAGUUGUUACCUAAUGUGUGUUUGGAAUUUGGCUUGUGUCUGUUUCAGCAAGCAGAUAUUUAUUAGCAAUAAUAUAUACUCAAAAUACUUGCUAUUUAUAAGUAA